AUGGUUGAUAGAGCCGCUCGAUCUAUUAAGCGAUCCCGAACGCACCUAGCGAUGCGUUUUAUGUUCCGUGUAAAUCCGUGCUUUUACUGUUUCGGAUUUCAAUGUGUUUUUGCAUUACUAUUGAUAAUUUUAAUAGCAUUAUUUUGCAAAUCAGUUAGCUUUAAAAUUGAUGAAUUUAGCCGUCUUUUGCGAGAAAACCAAAUUUUAAAUGAAAAGAAAAAUGUGUUGCCAUUUAUUGAAUGCACCUAUAAAAAAACGCCAGAAUUUUCAACUAGUAGCUGUGGUGAAGAUGAUGAUUUAUAUGCUUUUAUUUCACGAUUUUAUGAAAGUACUUCUGCAAAUUCUCAAUGUGUCAAUCGUGUUGACUUGUUACCAUGUUUAUCAACUGAUAAUGCAUUGAAAUUUAACCAUACAAUGCUAGAAAAUUUCCCUCAAUGUGCAGGCCUAAAUAAAAUAAGACUUAAAAAUUAUAUUACACAAUCAACUGCAAUUGUGGCACCAUCAAUAAAUAUUACAAAAUAUCAUUAUAAAAUACUUCGUCCAAAAGAUUUUUUGGUAAAAUGUCCUAUAUGUGCUAUUAAAAGUUUCUUUGGCUGGAGAGAAACAUAUGAUAAAAACAUUGGUGAAUGGAGAAAUUGUGCACGUGAACUUAAGACAUACACACGUGGUUGGCCACAACACGCACGUUACUGUGAUUUUGAAGAUGAGCAUGACGAAGCUGAUUUUUGUCGUCUUCAUGAAUUACUACGUGAGAAGCUUGGUAUUAAAAUGGACGAAAGUAAUGAAUUAGAUUUUAUUGAUUCAAGUGAUUCAAGGAAAUUAUCUCGAGGACAAACUAAAAGGAGAAAGAAGAAGAUUAAAGGAAUUGUGGUAUGA